AUGAAAUUCUAUGAGACAAGGGAGAUAGUGCUCAAAUCAGGGGCUAUCCUCUCUUAUCAGGUGGCUUCUCUAAAUGAGUCUGGCUUCUUGCAACCUAAAUGUUUUUUGCUCUCAUACUUGCCAACUUCCACAUUCUCCAGUAUUCCAAAUAUUCAAAUUAAUGUUCCCUUCUUCAAAUUUCGUUCGUCACGAGUCGUAAAAUGUUUCUAA